UUAGAUUAUGUCUUUAAUCUAUUAAGAAAUUGUACUUACCAUCUUCUUAUUACUCUAAAUCAUCUGAAGUUUUACUGAUUGUGUUUAAGUUUGUGUUUCAAUGGGCACAUAAUGAUUGCAAUUAUAGAAGAUAUUUUUGUACAGUAAAAUAGAAAUUGCUGAUCAUUUGUUUUUUUUUUGCGAGCAUGGAUUCAUAUAACAUUGUUGGUGUGCUAGGACGUGGAGCUUUUGGAGUUGUUGAACUGGUUAGAGACUUUAAUUUAAAGAAAUUAGCAGUGAUGAAAACCAUACAUAUAAAAUCCAUGUCAACAGAGAACGUCAAGGAAGCUAUCAAAGAAAUUCAAAUUCUUCAAAUGUUAAACCAUCCAAACAUCAUCAGAUAUUAUAAUAGUUUUCAAAAUGAACAAAGUUUUCAUAUUAUUAUGGAGUAUGCCAUACACGGAACUCUAGAAAACUUCGUUAAUAAAUGUUCAUUGACUUCAAAUUAUAUUGCUCAAAAUUGUGUAUUAAAUAUAUUAAGUCAACUUACAAUGGCUGUGGAUUACAUCCACAAAAUGAAGAUUAUACAUAGUGAUAUUAAUCCAAUGAAUAUAUUAUUAACAGGAAGUCAAGGCACAGUAGUAAAACUUGGUGAUUUUGGUUCRUCUCACAUAUUAACUAGUGACAAAAUUAUUGGUGAAAAUUGUUGUACUCCAUGUUACAUGUCUCCAGAGCAAUGUUUUGGAAAACCUCUGAGAUUAAAAAGUGAUAUAUGGCAAAUUGGUUGUGUUUUAUACUAUUUGAUUACUGCAAAACAUCCUUUUUAUGCAGAGAGUUUGGCAGAUACUAUAUCAAGCAUUGUAGAAGGAGUUUUGAGUAUUUCAGAAAAAAUGAACUUUUAUGACAGUGAUGUGAUAAGACUUUUGUAUGAGUUAUUAAAUCGUGAUCCAACAGUUCGACCUAACGCAUCCGCUAUACUUUCAAAUCCAUAUAUAUUACCCUUUGUACUAAACAGCAAUUGUCAAUGGUUUAAAUCUGGUAGGAAAUCCUUGACCAAAAAUUAUUAGGUGAAUUCAUUGACAUAAUUUUUUUUUUUGUUAUUUACGUAU